AUGCACCCUCAGCAGUUGGUUGUCUCCUGGUUUUCCCUGGUUUUGCUGGCAUCUCCCAUCAUGGCUAUAUGGGAACUGGAGAAAAAUGUUUAUGUUGUAGAAUUGGAUUGGUAUCCUGAUGCCCCUGGAGAAAUGGUGGUCCUCACCUGCGAUACACCUGAAGAAGAUGGCAUCACCUGGACCUCAGACCAGAGCAAUGAGGUCUUGGGUUCUGGCAAAACCUUGACCAUCCAAGUCAAAGAGUUUGGAGAUGCUGGGCAGUACACCUGUCACAAAGGAGGCGAGGUUCUGAGCCAUUCGCUCCUCCUGCUUCACAAAAAGGAAGAUGGAAUUUGGUCCACUGAUAUCUUAAAGGACCAGAAAGAGCCCAAAAAUAAGAGCUUUCUAAAAUGUGAGGCAAAGAAUUAUUCUGGACAUUUCACCUGCUGGUGGCUGACAGCAAUCAGUACUGAUUUGAAAUUCAGUGUCCAAAGCAGCACAGGCUCCUCUGACCCCCGAGGGGUGACGUGUGGAGCAGCGAUGCUCUCAGCAGAGAGGGUCAGAGUGGACCACAGGGAGUAUAAGAAGUACACAGUGGAGUGUCAGGAGGGCAGCGCCUGCCCAGCUGCCGAGGAGAGCCUGCCCAUUGAGGUCGUGGUGGAAGCCAUUCAUAAGCUCAAGUAUGAAAACUACACCAGCAGCUUCUUCAUCAGGGACAUCAUCAAACCAGACCCACCCAAGAACCUGCAGCUGAAGCCAUUAAAGAAUUCCCGGCAUGUGGAGGUCAGCUGGGAGUACCCUGACACCUGGAGCACCCCACAUUCCUACUUCUCCCUGACAUUUUGUGUUCAGGUCCAGGGCAAGAACAAGAGAGAAAGGAAAGAUAAACUCUUCAUGGACAAAACCUCAGCCAAGGUCACUUGCCACAAAGAUGCCAACAUCCGUGUGCAAGCCCGGGACCGCUACUACAGCUCAUCCUGGAGUGAAUGGGCAUCUGUAUCCUGCAGUUAGGUGAGCAAGCCUGCGAAGCCCAGCCCAGACCUGCACACUCAGUGUACCCAGGUGCAGGACAAUGGUGGGGGCUGUGUGGGACAGGAAAGAGGGGGUGGGAUGCCCAACACACACAGUCACCAGAGGCAGAAACAUACAUUUGUUCAUUAACAGAUACUUAUUGAUGCCCAUAGUAUUCCAAGCAGUACGCUGGGCACAAGGACACUGCAGUAAAGAAAGCAGGCACAGGUCCUGCCCUUCUAGGAGGGUAGGUAGUGGGAGAGAGAAGUAGCCAAGAGUCAGAGCACAGGUGUCCUGCAAGCUGUUUCCAGGAAUUAGAAUCUUAUCUGGAGACCACUGGGGGCCACUGAAGGGCUUUAAGCAAGGAAAUGACAUGAUCAGAUAUUCUUUUAAGAAAACUCUCGAGACUUCCCUGGCGGUCCAACAGUUAAGACUCCGUGCUCCCAAUGCAGGGGGUUCGGGUUCGAUCCCUGGUUGGGGAACUAAGAUCCCACAUGACUCAAGGCAUGGCCAAAAAAAAAAAAGAAAGAAAGAAAACUCUCAAGAUAGCCUCUGGUAAGCAUGGUAUCAGCAAAAUCCUAGGCCACAUAAGAAAGGGCUGGACCCUUCUGACGAGGAACACCCCAAAUCCAACUGCACCAGAUGUGUUGUGUGAAAUAAGAAGGGUUUGCUACUGAAUUUCAAAUCCACAUAGACACUCGCCAUUCUUUUUCAGGUUCUAAUCUCAGGAUGGAACUUUGGAAGAAAAGUGGAAGACAUUAUGCUAAAUUUUUAAAAGAUGCAAUGGAACAGGACCCUCCCCCUAAAGAUAUUUUUCUACCAAUUUGCUUUUUUUUUUUUUUUUUAGGAUU